CUCCGCCUCUUCCAAGGAGCGGCCCCUCACGGCGGCGGCCUGGGCCUCGCUGCCUUCUCGAGGGCGGGCAGCAGGGCGCGCUGUGCGGCCUCCUCCAUCUCCUCUCCCUCAGACUCCUCCGCCCGCCCGCUCGCCCACCUCCUCGGGCUCUCCCUCUCUGCGGGGCCGAGGGAGGGGAAGCGAGACGAGGCGGCGGCAGCGGCGAGGAGGAGGCGGAGGCCGGGCUCGUCGUAGGCCGCUGCGGCGCCUGAGGUGGAGCGAGAGCGAGCUCCCUUCUGGCCCGGCUCGGCUCCUCCGCGGCGCUGAGGGCUGCAGUGGCGGCCUCGUCUUCCGUUCCUGUUCUUGCUGCUGUUUCUCCUCCUCCUCCGGCCGGGCUGGGCCUCUGAGCCCGAGCCCCCCUCUCCGGCGGGCGGGACUGGAGCCCAGCCCCGGCGCGGCCGCGACAUGUCCGGCAAGAUCGAGAAAACAGACUCUCAGCGCUCCCACCUGUCCUCAUUCACCAUGAAGCUGAUGGACAAGUUCCACUCGCCAAAAAUAAAGCGGACGCCCUCCAAGAAAGGGAAGCAGCCUGACCUCGUGGUGAAGACUCCCGAGAAGGUGGUGAACAAGAAUCUAACUUGGCUGGAAGAGAAAGAGAAGGACGUUGUGAGCGCUCUGCGCUAUUUUAAGACCAUUGUUGACAAAAUGGCGAUUGACAGCAAAGUGCUGGAGAUGCUGCCGGGAUCUGCGAGUAAAGUGCUGGAGGCCAUCCUGCCUCUGGUCCAGGCAGACCCGCGGAUUCAGCAGAGUUCCGCCAUCACUUCCUGCUAUAGCCGUGUGUACCAGAGCCUGGGCAAUUUGAUUCGUUGGUCUGAUCAGGUGAUGCUGGAGGGUGUGAACUCUGAAGACAAAGAGGUGGUGAAUACGGUUAAAGGGGUCAUUAAGGCCGUUCUGGAUGGAGUCAAGGAGCUGGUCAGGCUCACCAUUGAGAAGCAAGAGCACCCGUCCCCCACGAGCCCGGUCAAACCCAGCGUACCUGCCUGUACGUCGGACAGCCCAUCAGAGCUUCCCCUGACGGAUCGCGAGAUGGAGAUUCUCAACAAAACGGCGGGGAUCGCUCAGACGGCGGAGAUCUUGGCAGAUCCCAUGGAUGAAGAAGUCGCCCCUCCCAAACCUCCCCUCCCUUGCAUCCGGGUCCCUGAAAACAGCCCUCCUCCUGCGCUGCCGCCGAAGAAGCGGCAGUCGGCGCCAUCUCCUACUCGAGUGGCUGUCGUGGCACCCAUGAGCCGGACCACCAGCGGCUCCAGCUUGCCGAUUGGAAUCAACAGACAGGAUUUUGACGCGGACUGUUACACUCAGCGGAGACUGUCGGGAGGCAGCCAGUCCUAUGGAGGGGAGUCCCCCCGCCUCUCACCCUACAACAGCAUGGGCAAGCUCAGCAAAUCCGACGAGCAGCUCUCUUCGCUGGACCGCGACAGUGGGCAGUGCUCCCGCAAUACAAGCUGUGAAACGUUAGAUCAUUAUGAUCCAGACUACGAGUUCCUGCAGCAGGACCUCUCAAACGCCGACCAGAUACCUCAGCAAGGGCCCGCCGUCCUCAGCCCUUUGCCGGAGUCCCUGGGGGAGGCUGGCUCUCCGUUUCACGGAUGCACUUUCCAGCUGCCGGAACACUGCAGCCCCUUGGUGGCCGCGCAAGCAGCCGAGGUCCCUCCGGCUCUGCCUGAGAAGAAGAGGAAGGGAGCGGCCAACCCUGCGUCCGAUGCCUCCGGCUGCCGGGCUGUGUUUGAGAGGCAUCCCUCGCAGUACGAUAACAUUUCAGAGGACGAUCUGCACAACCCCGCCCUGCUCCCGUCCGUGCCCUUCACGCCUUUUGCUGCAGUGCUGCCCUUCCAGCUGGGGAACUCGCCAGCCCCCGUCGAAUUCCUCACUGACUUCGCCGCUCCGGGCUCCACAGGGGACUCAGAGAAACCGCCACCUCUGCCGGAGAAGAAAAACAAGCACAUGAUGGCCUAUAUGCAGUUUGUCGAGGACUACUCCGAGCCACAGCCUUCUAUGUUCUACCAGACGCCACAGAACGAGCACAUCUACCAGCAGAAGAACAAGCACCUGAUGGAAGUUUACGGGAUCAACGACCCCUUCAGCAGUGCAGACUCUGGGCAGGAUCUGGCUCCGCCCCCUGCCCUCCCGCCAAAACAGCGGCAGCUGCAGGCCUCUUUUGCCGCCUCCUCAUUCUCCUCUGUCUCCUACUGUGUCCAGCCACCUAAAGUGCCCUUCGCCCCUGAGGACGUCUGCACGGCUCAGAGCCUCACUAUGUCCGUCUCUAAUUCCUUCCUCCACCAGCACACCUCCCUCCCUAUGCACUCGUACAAAUCGGUGUUCAGGUCUUACUCCCAAGACUUUGUGCCUCGAAACCACAUUUCCAUCCCUCCUUUCCUCUCUGCCGCCGCCGCCUCCUCCUCCCCGCCUCUGUGUCUGCCGCCUGUACACCAGUCUCCGAACUCUGACGUGGCGGCAGCACCAGCCGUGGCCGGCCAGCCACCAGGCACUGCGGAUGGCGGGUUCACCUCUUCCUCUCAGGAGACUGCUUCUGUCUGCCUUCCUUCUGAAACCUCUUUCCCUGAUUCUCUCCAGACAUCUUCGAGUGAAAACGCCAGUGAGGAGGCUGGGGAGGGUGAAUACGUCAAUCUGUAUUCUUCCAGGCAGAGCAACGGGGAACUCCCUCACUCUGAAGGAGAAUCUCCAGCAAUCAAAGACGGUCACGCCAAGGAUUCUGCCUCUCUGAGCAACAUCCCAGGGAAGGAAAGCCAAGAUGGGGGCGAAAGGCAGCAGAAGUCGGCAGAGUCUUUGGAGUCCUCCGAGCUGGAGGAGGAAGUAGAUGAGCUGUCCCUGAUUGAUCACAAUGAAAUCAUGGCCCGAUUGACACUGAAGCAAGAGGGGGAUGAUGGACCGGAUGUACGGGGCGGCUCAGGGGACAUUCUCUUGGUCCACGCAACAGAGACCGAUCGGAAAGAUUUGGUGCUCUACUGUGAAGCCUUCCUGACGACUUACCGCACGUUCAUCACCCCCGAAGACCUCAUCAAAAAGCUGCAAUACCGAUAUGAGAAAUUCUGCCACUGCCCAGACACCUUUAAGAAGCGCGUCAGCAAGAACACUUUCUUCGUCCUAGUCCGAGUCGUGGAUGAGCUGUGCUUGGUGGAGUUGACGGAGGAGAUCCUCAAGCUGCUCAUGGAUCUCGUCUUCCGCUUGGUCUGCAACGGGGAGCUCAGUCUCGCCCGGGUCCUGCGCAAGAACAUCCUCGACAAAGUGGAUCAGAAGAAAAUGCUGCGAUACACCAACUCGAUCAAACCUCUUGCGGCUCGAUGGGUGGCAGCGAGGCCAGGGACCCUCCAUGAUUUCCACAGCCACGAGAUAGCGGAACAGCUGACCCUCCUGGAUGCGGAGCUGUUUUAUAAGAUUGAGAUCCCUGAAGUUCUCCUUUGGGCGAAAGAACAGAACGAAGAAAAAAGCCCCAACCUGACCCAAUUCACCGAGCACUUUAAUAACAUGUCCUACUGGGUCCGCUCAAUAAUUAUGCAGCAGGAGAAAGCACAGGACCGAGAGAGGUUGCUCCAGAAGUUUAUAAAGAUCAUGAAGCACUUACGAAAGCUCAAUAACUUCAACUCCUACCUGGCUAUUCUCUCUGCGCUGGAUUCAGCACCCAUCCGGCGGCUCGAGUGGCAGAAGCAAACCUCAGAGGGCCUGGCUGAGUACUGCACUCUGAUUGACAGCUCUUCCUCCUUCCGGGCGUACCGGGCUGCCCUUUCAGAGGUGGAGCCACCUUGCAUACCCUACCUAGGCCUCAUCCUGCAAGACCUGACUUUUGUCCACCUGGGGAAUCCAGACUACAUUGAUGGCAAAGUCAACUUCUCCAAGCGCUGGCAGCAGUUCAACAUCCUGGACAGCAUGAGAUGCUUCCAGCAAGUGCAUUAUGAAAUCAAACGGAACGAUGACAUCAUCUCGUUCUUCAACGACUUCAGCGACCACCUGGCGGAGGAGGCCUUAUGGGAACUCUCGCUCAAAAUCAAACCUCGAAACAUAACGAGGCGGAAGACAGACAGGGAAGAGAAAACCUAGGGGGAGGCAAAGGGAGGCUGUGGGCGAAAGGAAUGCCAGGCGCCCGCAUGGACGGCAGCUACAAGACUUGGACCUGUGACUGGGCCAUGUCAUCCGUCCCCCCCUCUCCUCCCUGUUCAGGGCCAGCCCUGGGGUAGGGUUGUCUCAACGGUGAGGCUGCAGCUGUGGGCGUGUGCUGCCUCCUAUCAGGCCGUAGGAGAGAGUCGCCAAGGUGUUCCGCUUUCUCCUUCCUCUGUGCCAUAGAUGAGCUUCUCAGCCCGCAAAGGGAGCGUGGAGGAAAAGGGGUCCGGGGGAGCAGGAGGCUUUAGUGCCAGUGUGUCCCAACUUUGCCAAAUCUGAACAUUUUUAUCUUGCUCUUGGUGCCCUGCAAGAGGAAGAGAGGAGAGCGAAGUCGCCGUGUCUCGCACUGGGCCAUGUAUCAGCAUGCAUGCGGCCAGCCCAACGGGCACUUGCAUGCCAGGGAUGUAAGCGGGUUGUCAUCAAGGAUGUUUCCCUGUUAUCUUACCCGAGGGGAACCAUCUCUUGCAAUAUUUUUCCACCCAUAAUCACUAGGGGAAAUGAAAAAAAGACAUUACCUUCUCCCCUGCUGAGUCUAACGUGUUUACAGGGAUAUUUAAUCGAACACACACACCCAUCACCAAGAUGGAAGAGGAAUAAGAUGGGCAGCUGUCUCCUCCCCAAAUCUACCUGGAUCUCCUCGUUUAAAGCAACUGGGAAUCUCUUUCCUCUUCGACUCGGGAAUCUGGAAUUGUUGAGGUUCUAUAACAUCCCUCCCCUCACUUGUCCUCGCCGUGGGGGGCCAUAUAUUUUAGCGAUGGUACUAGCUGUAAUGUAAUGUAGAAAAUAAGAGUGUCUGUAAAUACGAACCUCUAGGAACCAUAGUCAGUUUUCUUUUUUGUUUUGAUGCAUGUCUGAAUUGCCCGUGGGGUUUUUAAGAGGAAACUUUCGACAUGCAAAAGCAGUGCAUAAAGCAACAAACAUGCGCGCACACGUGUGCGUGCAUGACUGUCUGAAGGGGUCAGGCUAAGGAAGGCUUGAGGGGUGUCAGCAACCGAAGGCAAGGGGGCACGUCUGGGAGAAGCUGUGGUCAGGGACGUGCCAAAAUGUUUUGGGGUCUGUGAUGGCGAAGACAAGUCCAAAACUGUUCCCCCUCCCUCCAGUUAACUUGGAGCAGGGGAGUGCACAAUCAUGCUCUUUAGAGCAGCCUAAGAGUGCUCUUGCACAGAUUCCAUUUAUUUCAUGGGGGCUUUCACAGAAGAACUUCCCAGUGGAUUAUGCCCUGCACACACACACACAUGUACCCCAGAUGGGUCAGAUCUGUACGUCUCCCCAUUCGGCCACCCACUGUGGCACUCGGAAUCGACCACCUGAGGCUGGCCACUCCAUGUGGCCUCAGAGCUGUCUCGCCCUAGUCCUUUAUAAUCUGAACGUGUGAGUUCUGUAAGUUACCAAAGCUGAGUUUGGGCCAUCCUUUCUGGUACAAGUUCGCCUGUUGUAUCUCUCUUUAAAAAAAAAAAAAAUCUCUCUCUCUCUCUCAACACAAUUUAUCGGAAAGGCUUUCCUGCAUUUGAGGAAGCCAUAGUGUCUUGAAUUGGGGACUUGAGGCAGCGGAGGGGGGUUUGGAGCAGCAGCGAUGGCAGGCCCCACAAGUGCAAGCGGCGGUGCAAGAUAGGAGUUUGAAAUGAACGCAAGCACGCUUCUGCUCUGAGGCUGCGCUCCCGAUCUCGGGACAGCAGAUUUUAACUGCAGUCCACAUUGCUAAGUUGUAUGCCCUAGACUCUGUGCACCAGGGAUGAAUGAGAUAGCCGUUUUCAUCUCGUUCACAGUUUGGGGGUGGGGAUUGCUCCAGAGAGCCUGCCUUGCUUGUUCUCUCUCUUUGUCUCACCCCAAAUUCCCUCUGCUGUCUCUGCUGUUCAUGUAGCUCUGUGUCAGCCACUCCUUAAAUACCUUCUCAAUUCAUCUUGUUUGCUCCGCCUCAAUAUGCUUCACCUCUGUUUGCUCGCUUCGUGUUCCUGCUUGGUCCCGUUACGCGUGGAACUCCCGCUUCUGCAGCUGCAAUGCCCAGUGGUCCUUGCCUUUCAACUGCACCUGGAAGGGUUCUGGCCCUUGCCAUGAUCUGCAGCUUCCCUACCCUGACAGCUCUGAAACAACACUAUUUAUGCACCUUUCCCCCCACCCCGAACUGGCCCCCAUGCAAAGGACUCUUUAACACACACACCCCGCCCACACGGUGAACCACGUCAGGGAUUCUGUCAAUUCCCCCCUUCUUAGGCACGGCAGCCCCCCAGUCCCAUUUGGUGAACCCCAGCAGCAGGGCAUAAAGGGAUUGCUCUGCUAGAGCCUCAUUUGCGUUCACUGUGGAGAAGAAAGCAUCAAAGGAGCCUUUGCCCGUGUCUUGGUUCAUGAAUCAGUGGGCGGAGUCAGGGGUGGAGAACUGGUGGGUCCCCCCAGAUGAUGUUGGACUCCCAACUCCCAUCAGCCCCCGCAGCCAGCAUGGCCAAUGGUCAGGGAUGAUGGGAGUUUGGAGGGCCACAGGCUAGCCACUGCUGCCCUAACCUGUGUGUGUGUGUGUGUCGAUUGCCAACCCAGGCAUUUGAGCUCCCCCCCAAAAAAAUUAAGCCCUAUUUGUUGUGGUGUUUUCACGGUCGUUCCCUUGGCACAGAUGGGGUUAAAGUGAAAUGGGGGGGAACUCAAGGUCUUGGGGGCGAGAGGAGGAAGAGUGAUCAUUGGUUGUUUUUCCAUUUUCAGUGGCAACUACAGCUGAAAAGGUGGGACAAGUUUUAAGGGCUCUUCCCUCCCAUUUUUAAGCUUCCCCAAAAUCUCUACCAAUCAGCCCCCCGUCCCCUGACGCUGUAUAUUUAUGGCUGCCCCCACCCCGCAAAUCCUGACAGUGGCACCUACUUGUAAAAAAUAAAAAUAAAAACUUGUUACUUUUUUAUAUUAAAGAGGAGGAGGAAAUACACAAAACAGUGAAAAUAAACGCGUUUAAAGGA